AUGGCUGUGUUGCCAGCACUGACACUAGCACUACCUGGUCUCUUGCUGGAGGGCCGUGCUCAGAUCUUCACAUCUACAUUGCCAUUCAAUGUGGUUCCCCUCCUUAAACGAAACCCCUCUAUGACCUCACCUACCCCUUCGGUGUAUCUUGUGCGAGCCUCCUCAAACUCCACAGAAAACACAGAAAAUAUAAAUCUUUUCUCAAACUUUGGACUCUCGCUGCUCGUUACUGGGAGACCGAAGGAGGGUCCUGCGAAACGCUCGGCGUAA